CUGUUCAUUAUGCAUGUUCUUUCAUCUCUUCUCCCAGAAGUGGAGUCAGAGUUUUACACCCCUCGGCAGAAAGUUUCUGAAAAUGCAGCGUGUCGAACUAGUAAGGCGAGUGAAAUGACAAGACAUGGUUUGUGGUGCUCUAUUUUAGAAGACCUGUGGCAAGAUCCUGAGCCCACAAAAAGAGAACAGCAAAACAAGAUCCCGCCCUGGAGCCCCUGUGCUUUCCUCAACAAGAAAACACAGAGCACAGGCAGAGAUUAUGAAUGUAAAGAGCCUGGGGAAACCAUUCCUUGGGUGUCCAAUCUUAGUUCUACACAAAAGGGAGCUCCAAAGUUACUUACAAAAAGUUUGGAGCAUAACCUUGAACCAAAUGGUGAAGAUCAAAGCAAUAUCACAAAGCAGCUUAACGAUGUUACAUGUGGCCAGGUCCUCAUGCAGGACUCUUCUAAUGGUAACUGUACAAUCCCUCACGAAGGACAGAAUUCAUGCAAAGGUAACCAGUGCCAAAAAGUUCUCAUCGAUAAACAAAGACUUACACAGCAAGAAGUUCAUCCUCAGGAGAAACCAGAUGAUUGCAGCGAGUGUGGAAAGAUCUUCUAUGACAUGUCUGCUUUCCGUGAACAUCGGGCAACUCACGCUGGAGAAAGACCUUUUGUCUGUCACAAGUGUGGGAAAGCCUUCCUACAAAAGUCUGAGUUGACCUCCCAUCAAGAGACUCACAUAGAGAAACCUUAUGAGUGUCCCGACUGUGGAAAAUCAUUUAGUCGUACAUCCAACCUGCAGGUCCAUCAUCGAAUUCACACUGGAGAGAAACCUUAUGAAUGCCGUGACUGUGGGAAAUCCUUCAAUAACACAUCCCAACUGAAGGUACAUUAUCGAAUACACACAGGAGAGAGGCCUUAUGUGUGUCCUGUAUGUGGGAAAGCCUUUAAACAGAAGUCAAUCCUCAGCACUCACGAGACGAUUCACACCGGGGAGAAGCCUUACAAAUGUACUGUUUGUGGGAAACUGUUUAGCUGUACAUCCAGACUGAAAGUGCACUAUCAGAUUCAUAGGAAGGAGAAGCCUUAUGAAUGUGCCGACUGUGGGAAAGCCUUCAAACGAAAGUCAAGUCUCACUGUUCACCAGAAAAUACAUAUUAGACAAAUCCACCAUGUAUGCAGUGAGUGUGGGAAAGCUUUCAGCCACAAGUCAGAACUCAGCAUGCACCAGAGAAUUCACCUGGGAAAGAAUUCCCACAAAUGCAAUGAGUGUGGGAAGUCAUUUUCUUACGCAUCCCAACUGAAGAUGCACCAUCGAGUUCACACAGGGGAGAAGCCUUACAAGUGCCGGGACUGUGGGAAAUCUUUUACUUACUCAUUCACACUGAAUGUGCACCGUCGAAUUCACAAAGUGGACAAGCCUCACAAAUGUAGUGUCUGUGGGAAAGCCUUGGCUUCUAAGUAUCAACUUGAAGAGCAUGAGCGGAUUCACACAGGAGAGAAACCCUAUGUGUGCACUGAAUGUGGAAAAGGUUUUCAUGGUAGGUCAGGUUUCCUGAGACAUCAGAUAACUCACACUAGGGAUAAACCUUUUGUCUGUCACAAAUGUGGGAAAGCCUUCUUUCAGCGGUCACAGCUGACAUCUCAUCAGCAAACUCACACAGGUGAGAAGCCGUAUAAAUGCCGUUACUGUGGGAAAUCCUUCAGUCAUACAUCCCAACUGACAGUACAUCAUCGAAUUCACACAGGGGAGAGGCCUUACAAAUGCAACUACUGUGGGAAGUCAUUCAGUAACUCCUCCCAACUGAAGGAGCAUCUCCGAAUUCAUACUGGGGAGACACCUUAUGCCUGCUCUGAAUGUGGGAAGGCCUUCAGCCGAAGAUCAUCCCUCAAUCUCCACACAAAAAUCCACACUGGAGAGAAACACCAUGUAUGCAGUGAGUGUGGGAAAGCCUUUAGUCAGAAGUCAGUACUUCGAACACAUCUGAGAAUACACACUGGGGAGAAGCCUUACACAUGCAGUGACUGCGGGAAAGCCUUGGCUUCAAAGGGCCAACUCCGAGAUCAUCAGAGAAUUCACACAGGCGAGAAACCCUACGUUUGCACUGAAUGUGGGAAGGGUUUCUUUGGCAGGUCAUCUUUGCAUAGACACCAGAUAACUCACACUAAGGAGAGACCUUUUAUCUGUCAAAAAUGUGGGAAAACCUUCAUCCAGAAGUCAGCAUUGACAUCACAUCAGCAAAUUCACACAGGCCAGAAACCCUAUGUGUGCCCUGAAUGUGGGAAGGGCUUCUACAAUAAGUCAUCUUUGCCUAGACAUCAGAUGACUCACACCAGAGGGAGAUCUUUCAUCUGUCAAAAAUGUGGGAAGGCGUUCCUCCAGAAGUCCGUGUUGAAAUGCCAUCAGCAGACUCACACUUGCAAGAAGCCAUAAAAAUGCCAUGGGAAAUUGUUUCAUAAUACAUCCCACUGAAGGCCCAUCGCCAUAUCCACAUAGAAAUGUAGAGAGGAUGGGAAGUCAUCCAGCAAUGCAUCCCAACUGGAUUCACACUGGGGAAAGAGCCUGUUGUGUUCUGGAUGUAGAAAGGCCUUCAACAGCACGCCACAUUACAAU